CUCGCGCAGUUCUGGUCGUCGCUCUUCGUCCGUGUGCCAUUGGUUUUUGUGCGUGCUGCCAUCGAAAUAUAGAGACAGAGGAGAAAGGGGAGAAAGCCUUCCUGUUUGCUUCACGUGCCUCCAGAUAAACAAAGCAACUCAGUAAUCGAAAUACUCCAGUACAUCGCGACAAAGCAACGAGGAAUAAUAGUGCUUCAGCUUUGCCUUUUUGCUGCAUAUCAGGAAAACUAUUGCGAUAAAACCAACUCAAACCAAAGCCAAGCAGCACCUAGAACGCUUUACGGACCACCGCAAGAUGUCGCUGCUGCUCACAGGAAACAGUGCCUCCCUUUCCGAGGAGGAACUCGACGAGUACUCCGAUGGAACCGUCAAGCUGCGCAACUCAAACAUUGAGCUCAUGGACCAGGAUAUUCUAUACCAUCUCGCUUUGGGCAGCGAGAGCCACGACCUGCAGGAGAUGUUUGGCGAUGUUAAGUUUGUUUGCAUGGGAGGAACUCCGAAGCGCAUGGAGAACUUUGCCCAUUUCAUAAUGAACGAGAUCGGCUACAAGUUGCCAGCGGGCACUCAGCUGCAGGACAUCAGUGCCUACUCGUACCGAUACUCGAUGUACAAAGUUGGUCCUGUGCUCUGCGUCAGCCACGGCAUGGGAACGCCCUCCGUGAGCAUCCUGAUGCACGAGAUGAUCAAGCUGAUGUACCACGCCAAGUGCAAGGACCCCGUCUUCAUCAGGAUAGGCACCUGCGGAGGAGUGGGUGUGGACGGGGGCACCGUCAUCAUCACCGAGGACGCUCUGGAUGGCCAGCUGCGGAACUCCCACGAGUUUACCAUUCUGGGCGAAACCAUUCAUCGGCCAGCCAAGCUGGACAAGAAACUGGCCCGCGAACUGAAGUCCCUGGCCAGUGCCGACGAUCCGUACGACACCAUUAUUGGAAAGACGCUGUGCACCAACGACUUCUACGAGGGUCAGGGCCGUUUGGACGGCGCCUUCUGCGAGUUCAGCGAGAACGACAAGAUGGCCUACCUGGAGAAGCUGCGCGAGCACGGGGUGGUCAAUAUCGAAAUGGAGAGCACCAUCUUCGCGGCGCUGACCCACCAUGCCGGCAUCAAGGCGGCGGUGGUCUGUGUGGCCCUUCUGAACCGCUUGAACGGGGAUCAGGUCAAUGCCCCCAAGGAGGUGAUGAACGAGUGGCAGCAGCGCCCCCAGAUCCUCGUGUCACGCUAUAUACGCAAGAUCCUCACGCAUAAUGGCCAGCUAAAAUCGCUGUUUGGGCACCAAGGAUCCAUCAAGUCGCCCCGGCGCUUCAAGCUCGUCCAGCAGGAAUCUCAGGCCCACGAGUAAUCCGGGUUGCAUCGCCAGUUUCAUUUAAAGUUACCUUCUUACCGUAUAUGUAUGUGCGCAUCUCUCCAGUUUUAACAUUCCCUAGUUUAGCUUUGAUUAAGUUUCUAGUUUUAUUUCCGUGUAUAUCGCCCUCAUAUGAUAAUUUAAACCCCAGCAUAUUGUACGUAUUUUCAUUGAGCUGUUCAGCGCCGAAAUAUGUUAACACAAAUCUAAUAUAUAUAACUAUAAUUAAUAAAAAAUAUCACUGUGUGUGACGUUCAAAGGUUAUCAGAAAUAAACGCUUUUGAGAUCACAAAACUGCUUUGAAAGUGAGCCAGAAAAAUACGAAUAAUAUAGAAAAAUUAUAUUGUUAAUUGUUAUGUUGCAUAUUUUAAAUGGGGAUAACCAAUAAGAAAAGGUUUAACUAUAAUAUCGUUAUGCUACAUUUCUAUUUCAUAAAUUAUUGUCCUAUUGUAUUGAAUUUCCUAAAUAUUUGUUAAAUAUACAUGUUGAUAAGUGUUGCUACCUUACACUUAACUUACAGUUUAAAACAAAACCAACAGCACUAAUUCCUUCUCUGUCUAGUUAUAUUCAAAUAAAUUCAAAAAUAUGAAAAAGAACAAAAUGCUGAAAAAUAACAUCAAUAUGUUUAUGUGAAGCACAUGGAAAAUAUACAAGUUAUAUUGUAAAAACAAAGUUUAUAAAAAAAUAUUUCAACGGCAUAUUAAAAAACAAUUGCAAUUUA